UAGCGUCGAAUUAUUCACGAUGCGAUCUGUAUCAAAUCAUCGAGCAAAGUGAGAACGGCUCAUUACAAAUUAUGGUAACGUGGCUAAUAGAAUGCCGUUUGCUGUCCUACGAAUCUCAUGUCGCAUCUCGAGUCGCAUCUCCAGUCGCCAUCCGAGGAAGCCACAUUGCUAGAUCGGGGGUACAAGUUGCUGCAAAAGCUCGGCGAAGGUUAUUACGCAAAAGUGUUUCUAGCCGAAUAUAAACCAGAGCAAGAUGGGGAGAAGAACAGCGUCCUGGCCUGCAAGAUAAUCGAUACCGCGAGCGCGCCGAAAGACUUUGUCCGAAAAUUCCUGCCGCGCGAGCUAGACAUUCUGGUGAAGCUGAAUCAUCCGCACGUCGUGCACGUUCACAGCAUUUUCCAGAGGCGCACCAAGUACUUCAUAUUCAUGCGCUUCGCCGAAAAUGGCGAUCUUUUUGAUUUUAUACUGAAGAACGGCGCUGUGGGAGAGAAUCAGGCCCGCGUAUGGUUUCGGCAGCUUACCUUAGGUCUCCAGUAUCUACACGAGAUGGAAAUAGCGCAUCGCGAUAUCAAGUGUGAGAACGUUCUCAUCACGUCAAAUUACAACGUCAAACUGGCAGAUUUCGGUUUCGCUCGUUAUAUACUCGACAAUCGUGGCAAGCGCGUUCUGAGCGACACGUACUGCGGUUCGUUGUCGUACGCGGCGCCAGAGAUCUUGCGCGGUUACCCGUACAAUCCGAAGGUGUCAGACAUAUGGUCGAUGGGCGUGAUCCUAUACAUAUUGUUAAACAAGGCCAUGCCGUUCGACGAGACUAACGUAAAGCGUCUUUACGAGCUGCAGAUAACGCGCAAAUGGAAAUUCCGCAGCAAAGUAACGGACAAUAUAACCGAUCGCGUAAAGAAGCUCGUAACCAAUCUGCUCGAGCCAGACGUGUCUAGGCGUUGGCAUACGGAUCAGAUCGUGCAGAGCGACUGGAUCGCCAUGGAUCCGCGCCUCGUGGUGCUCACAUCUGCGGAGCAGACCGCGCUCAACAACGCGAUAGAAGAGCGCAAGAGACACGAGGAGAAAUUUACGAGGAGGGAACCGGUACGGGCAGAUAGCCCAAUCGUACAAUCGUUGCUCCUAAGCAUUCUUUAUAAGUCCAAGUGCCUCUUAGCGUCAUUUCCAUCAUACGUCGUACUCAUGAUGCGUAAAACGCUGCUGAUCAUUCACUUAAUUUACAUACGCAUCUUGUCGCACAUUCGAUUGCGAGCCUAGCCAAAAUAAACUUGCGGGUUUGCGUCGAACAUGUUGAUAUUUUCUUACGUUUCGUAGACCAAACUUAAUAAUUAAAGAUGCAUAUGCGCAAGUGAUGUCGCAAAAUUACGAGUGAUCGAUUUUCAGAGACAGCACAUAGUCGAGGAGACAAAAAAGACUGACGAGCGAAAAAGCUACGAAAGGGAAGGGAUAACAGUCCUCAAAGUCGCCACAAAAGUAUGUGUCAUUACAAUUAAUUACAUAUGAAGGUAAUGUUAAACGGCAAAAUAUUUAUCUUUUUCUCAGGGGACAAUUUCUACUACGGUUAUGAAAGCCGAAGUUUGACUUAAAUUGGCUCUCCCUGAUCUGUGUUAUGCUAGCAUUUGUUAUAAUAAAUUAGAAAUAAUUUGA